UUGAACGGAGUUUUGAAACCAGGAUGUAGACAUGGGAACAACACAAGUGUCACAACAAUUGAAAGCAUCCUCACGAUGACCCUUGAAUUGGAAAAACUGAUCUUACCUAGCCGUAUGGCCUGCUGCCUCUGCCAAUUUAAAAAUAUUAUUGAGGUUGUCUGUAAGACAUUCAAGCUACGUUGUGACAGUGAAUGCCUGACAGAUGUCACACGUUGUGUCUUCUCACAGUUUUGCGUUCUGUAUUCGGUUCGAGUCUUCCCAAACGCAGCAGUGGGUGGUCUUGGGUUCUAUGCCAUCAUCAAGUUUUAUUCAGCAAUGGAUGCCCACAGAGCCCAAAAGGCGUGCAACCAGAAGCAGCUGUUUCACACAUCUCCAGAGAAGGUUCGUCUCGGCACCAGAGAGAAGGCGGUUCAUCAUAAUACGCUUGCCCUAAACAGCUUCAGAUGUCAAGAAUUGGCAAAUUAA